UGCUUUCGUGCGUUCCAAAAGCUUGCGUUUUCUUUUCCAACCCCAAAUCUCAGCUUUUGAUAAAUCGGAAGUCUAGGGUUCAUCCGAUUAACGCUAAAUCGGAUCGAUAUUCCCUCACAUCUGAUCCUCGCUUGCAAAAGAUGUCACAGAACGCGAAGCUGAUCCCAAAUCUGGACCAGAACAGUACGAGGCUCCUCAAUCUCACAGUUCUCCAGCGAAUCGAUCCCUUCAUCGAGGAAAUCCUUAUCACAGCUGCUCAUGUCACCUUCUACGAAUUCAACAUUGAGCUCAGUCAAUGGAGUCGUAAGGAUGUUGAAGGUUCUUUGUUUGUUGUCAAAAGAAAUAAACAACAACCUCGAUUUCAGUUUAUUGUGAUGAAUCGUAGGAAUACAGAUAAUCUGGUGGAAGAUCUUCUGGGGGAUUUUGAGUAUGAAGUCCAAGGUCCAUAUUUACUUUACCGUAAUGCAGCUCAAGAAGUAAAUGGCAUUUGGUUCUACAAUAAACGUGAAUGUGAGGAAGUAGCAAGUCUUUUCGACAGACUACUUCAUGCAUAUCAAAAGGUAAACCAGAAGCCAGCGUCAUCUUCAAAAAGUGAGUUUGAGGAAUUGGAAGCUGUGCCUACAAUGGCAGUUAUGGAUGGUCCUCUUGAACCAUCUUCAACUGCUAGGGAUGCCCCUGAUGACCCUGCUUUCAUCAACUUCUACAGCUCAGCGAUGAAUCUUGGGAACACUUUGAGUGGGGCAAGUGGACCACCAUACCAAUCAUCAGCAAUUCCUCUACAACCUCACCAACCCACCAUGACCCCUUCUGCAGCGGCAGUUGCACCUCCACAGAUUAAAUCACCACCGCUUCUACAAUCCUCCUCUCCUCUGAUGCCUCUCUUUGACAACAAUCCGGAUCUUAUCAACAGCAACUCCAACGUUCACACGGAUUUGGUGAAGCCAUCCUCUUUCUUUGGGCCCCCACGGAUGGUGGCACAACCACACUUCAUUCCUGGUUCAUCUUCUAUCCCCACUGCUCCUCCUUUGAACCCUAAUAAUGCGACUCACCAGCAGCGCCAGUAUGGUACUCCGCUGCUCCAGCCUUUCCCACCACCAACGCCACCAGCAUCACUCGCUCCUGCACCCAGUGUCCCGGUUAUCAACAGAGAGAAAGUCAAAGAAGCCCUUUUAAAGCUGGUUCAGGAGAAUGAAUUCAUCGACAUGGUGACCCGAGCUUUACAAAAUGCGCAUCAACCAUGAAGCUGCGCUGGGUCGGCGUCGAUGUGUGGAACAGUACUGUGGCGGUUUGAUUUAGGAUUGUGUAGUUAAAACGUAGUUUUGUUCUCUUUAAUACCUUUGAACAAAGUGUUGUCGGAACCUCUAAAAGGAAUUUAUAAGAUACUUGCACUGCUCCCUUGUUUUUAACUCA